ACCUAGAAUCAUUGAUAAUGGAAGCCACGAAGGCUGGAGGGGUAACUUGGGAAACAGGAGAACUGGUGCUACGGUAUAAAUAGGGUCGUUAGCUGCAGCUGUCGACUCUACUUCCAUUUUCAUCCUUUUAUUGUCAUCAUGAUUCAUCAAGGCAGAAACAAAUGAUUCACAAAAGCCCAAACGCCACUCUCUCUUUCUACAUUUAUUAUUCGCUCGCUCUCUCUCUCUCUCUCUACUCAGUUUUACUUUGAUUCACUCGUAAACGCUUUACCUUCUUCACUUGUUUUCUUUCCAAUAUCUAUUUUUCUGACUCGUGCUUGGUCUGGUGCUAGCACCAAUAAUUGAUCAGACUUUAAUUGUUUGGUACCAAGUUGGUAUCUGCGUGGAGGAGACUGUUUGAGAUGGCUUCAGAUGAGACUAUGACCAUCCACUCUUCAACACAGGAAGAUGACUACGAUGAAGAUAUCUAUGAUGGGUAUGAUCAUGAUCAACAACCCCAUCCCCUGAUCAACCUGUCUAGGCUUUCCGUCUGUACGAGCAGUUCUAAUUUGUACGAGAAUGAUCAUGAAGAUGAUGAUGAUGAUGAUGAUGAUGAUGUUGGCCAUGGGAACUACUAUCAAGCUGCAGAAGGAGACAAUGGCAUGAGGAUGUUCAUGUCACGCUUGUCCAUUGAAAGCUUUGAUGCAGACGAGGAAUACUCCGAUGAAAAAGAAGGCAAAGAACUAACGGGGUUGUCACCUGAUUCCGACAGCGAACAGGGUUGUUUUUCACUCCCGGCGACACCACGUCGUAGGAACCGGGGUCACGGGCUGCUGAAUCAGAAUCAUCAGCAGCUGAUAGGGGUCAAAGAGUAUGCGAGCGAGAAUGAAGCUCAAAAGGGUCUUCUAGCAAGAAAGAAGACGAGGAACAAUGUGAGGAGAAGGAAAAUCAUCAGGGAGAGACGUCCGUUGGAAAAAGCAGGUUGGGAAAACUUUGACUGCAACAAGAUGAGUAAGAACAACAUGAUGAUGGACAUGGGCGGGAUGGAUGCCGCGGGGGUUAAUAAUUCCAAUUGCCAAAGCGUCAGUGGGGAAAGCGACCAGGGCAGUGCGGGUGGCGGUGCUGGCGGCUGUAGUGGCGCAGGGGUGAUGGUGAUAACCAGGCCAAAGGGAGGCAGGAGGUCUCUGUGCAUGGACUUGGAGGAAGUGAAGGCUUGCAGAGAUCUUGGGUUUGAGUUGGAACACGAGCGCAUGCUGGAGAUGCCCUCUGGCCUCUCUAUUUCCGGUUCACCGCUUGACACCAGCAGUGGCGGCAAUUCCCCCAUUGCCAACUGGCGCAUCUCCAGCCCAGGUGAUGAUCCACGAGACGUCAAGGCUCGGCUCAAGGUGUGGGCACAGGCUGUGGCGCUCGUAUCAACAUCUCGACAGGGAAGCUGACUACUUUUCUAACUUACAUAUAUCCAACUUUUUUUUUUGUUAUUUCUAUUUUUUUUUUUUUUUCGAGCCUGUGUUUUAGUGGGACGAAGAAUGUUGUUUCUUCAUCUCUCUUUCGAUAUUGAAAGAGUGGUCCUUUUUUGCAGCGUUUCUUCAAUUUUUUUCCUGGGAUUGUUGGUAUUUCAUGAGGUGCAGUUUUCUAUUUGGUUGCGCACUGCUUUUCAAUUCAUAUGUAAAUCUCCUCACUGUAUAUAUAGCACUAUAGCCAGAUUGAGGAUGGAACAGUACUGAUGAUAGACUAUAAACACAGUUGAUCAAUACUAGUUA